AUGGAUCGUUCUACAACAACUCCUAGAUUAUCAAUUCUAGCUCUGAGAGAAAUAUGGGAGAACACAAUAGAGAGUUUGAAAUAUCGAGAGAGAAAACGUACUUGUGGAAAUCCUCCUCCACCUUCAGAAUCAAACCACUUGAAGGAAGAAUUCAGAGCAUCAAAAUUAAUGGCACCUGAGUUGUUUUGGGCUGUUACGUCCGAUAAUGUGUCUAAUUUCCUUACAGUGUUAGAGGAAUUGGCUUCGGGGAUGACUAACAUAGCAGGAAAUACGGCUCUUCAUCUUGCUGCUAGAAAUAAAGGCGAUGGUUUAAUCAAUAUAAUCCUAACCUGUUAUGCAGAAAAAAGGCUUUCUUCUGGACGCCAAAUUUAUGACGAAACAGAGAUGAAUCUGUUGAGGAUAAAGAAUGAGAUUGGCAACACGGCAUUGCAUGAGGCUGUGAGGAAACUUCAUCUUGAUGGUGCUCGUCUCUUGUUUGAAGCAGAUAAAGAUACGGCAAAUUAUCUGAAUAAUGAAGGUAAAUCACCACUGUACUUGGCUGUUGAGACUGGGCAUGAUGAUAUUAUUGAUCUUUUGCUGCAAGCUCCAUUACAGAAUCGGGAGAGGCACCAUGGAACCUCCCCACUCCAUGCUGCUAUUAUGGCUAUGAGUUCAGGUAAGAAAAUACUAAGAAAAAAUUCUGAAUUAGUCUACUUGAAAGACCAGAAAGGUGGGACAGCCCUGCAUUUAGCAGCAUCUAUGGGAAACCUUGAAGUUGUGCAUACAAUUUUAAAUGAGUGUCCUCCAAGUGCCCUAGAGUGGGAUCUCAAAGGAUAUCUUCCUAUCCAUGUUGCUUGCAAAAAAGGUCAUAUUAAUGUAGUUAAAGAAUUUGUUCAAAAACCAAAACCAUGGUUUGAUCCAAUGGAUUCACUGAAUCAAAAAGGUCAAAAUAUCCUCCAUAUUGCAGCUAAAAAUGGAAAAGACAAAAUAUUGCUAUUGCUGACUCAAGAAAAGAGACUCAACAUCAACCUAGUGAAUAAAGAAGGCAUGACAGCCCGUGAUAUUGUCAUGCUCAGGAGGAGGACACCACCAACUUUUAGAGAGUUUCUAUCAUUCACAAUCUUGAAAUCUAUUGGCACCCCCUUGAGUGAAAAUGGAAGAAGAAUCAGGCGUUCACAUACUGAACCACCUCAGAUCAAAUGGAUCAAGGAUCGUGUCAGCGCUAUCUUACUUGUAGCAAUAUUAGUUGCUACUGUAACCUUCACAGCUGGUUUUACCAUGCCUGGUGCUAUGUAUAGCUCUACCAUGGGGUCUUUCAUUCUGCUAUGGGCUCAGCUUGGUGACUUCCAUAUAGCAUUCAAUGCCACAUACUUUGCUUUAUAUUUGGUGGGUUUGGCUCUGCUUACAAUGUCAGUUGCAUUCAUGGCUGCAGUACAUCUAGUAGUCAGCAAUGUUUAUUGGCUCACUAACACUGUGAUGAUUAUUGGAAUCAUCUUCCUUUUGAUGUUUCUGGGAAGUUAUGGAAAGUUGAAGGUUAAGAAGAUGAAAGCGAUGGAUGAAACAAAAAAGAGCAUAGACAAACAGGGCACCAAACGAAGAACAAAAAUGCUUAGUCUAAACUACAUAUAUCGUGUUAAAGGAUACAGCUCAUCUCAUAGCUUUAAGGCUGUUGCCACGGGCAACUCUGUUGCCUACAUAGCUUUCAAUAUCCUCUGCUAA